GCCAUCCAGUCAUCGGUUUCAUAGGCUUGCGCAACCUGCCUCCGGGAUCUGAGGUCAUGGAAGCGCGCUCUCUUCUUUCUUCACCCUUUCUUUGUGUCGCAGUUAGCAAAAUGAACGGCGGUCCUGGACGGCCUGAGAUUCCCUUGUCCCUUGUUUGGUUUCCCAUUGGUGGUCUGUGUGCUGUUUUACCUUUCCCUUCUCUGAUGUAGGCCUUUCAAUUUCGGCCGUGGAGGGGGGAAGGGUUAUGUCUGGCCUGAUACUUGAGAGACCGUUUGACCGUUCCACAAGGUUGGAAUUGCAAUUGACUCCCCUCUUCUUCUUUCUGGCUUGCUGUCCGUUGCCAGUUCCUCUCUCUGUAUUGCUCUGGCUCGCUUCCUUCUUCCCCCUUGCCCUCCGGCUUUCUUGGUCUGGGAGCUCUGCACCGGGGUCUGAAGACCUUCCCAUGGUUACCGGGUGGAUCCUUUCCCCUUCAUCAACAUAUCCGCCGGCCUUUCCUUGCCAGCUUGAACGUCUUUUUUUUCACUUUAGUCCGUGCUCCCUUUGUCGGACAGCGACGGCCCCUCAGCUGCUGGCACUUCCGCCCGCACAUCGAACCGUGGUUAGCUUGGCCAUCUUCUGUUGGGCGUACCUGCCCACCACAAGGUACAUUUCGACUUUGGAUUUUUCCUUCCUCCCACGGAACAGAGUCUCUGCCCCUCCAUCGUCUGCCGCCGUCUUAUUUAUUUCUCUGCUGUGCUUCUCGGUUCUUCCUCUCCGCCUGUAAAUGGUAUUCUUUCACCCACCCCACGAAAGGGCGAACCUGCCUCCGUCAACCACCAACUACUCCCACCGCACCUUGGGCGACCAGUGCCUUGGUGAUCUUUGAUUGAUGAAAAUC